CUGCAUUCUGGCACUUUGUACUCCAGCACCAUUGGUGGAUCAAUAUUUAAUGCCCGGAGAUUCUGGCUCUGCAGGAGUCAUGUCAGGGGACCUCUAGAGCCAAUCUGCUUGGGUAGAGGAGUGAUAAUUAUUCAUGGGCUCCUGCCUCUCACUCCUUCUCUUGCACAGCCCCACUCUGCUGACUCAGUGCCUUAUUCAGUCUCUCCCUCUCUCCGCCGCUGUAGCUGGACCCCUUUGCCUUCACAGCCUCUGAGAGCCUGCGCGUCCCACCAUGGCCAAAACAGCGAUGGCUUACAAGGAAAAGAUGAAGGAGCUGUCCAUGCUUUCUCUGAUCUGCUCCUGUUUUUACCCGGAACCUCGCAACAUGAACAUCUAUAAAUACGAUGACAUGGAAGUGAAACAAAUCAACAAACGUGCCUCGGGCCAGGCCUUUGAACUGAUCCUAAAGCCACCAUCUCCGGUCUCAGAAGCACCACGAACUUUAGCUUCUCCAAAGAAGAAAGAACUCUCUCUUGAGGAGAUCCAGAAAAAGCUGGAGGCUGCAGAGGAGAGGAGAAAGUCCCAGGAGGCCCAGGUGCUGAAACAUCUGGCAGAGAAGAGAGAACAUGAGCGAGAAGUGCUUCAGAAAGCUUUGGAGGAGAACAAUAACUUCAGCAAAAUGGCAGAGGAGAAGCUGAUACUGAAAAUGGAACAGAUCAAAGAAAACCGUGAAGCUAACUUAGCUGCUCUUAUUGAACGUCUCCAAGAGAAGGAGAGGCAUGCUGCAGAGGUCCGUAGAAACAAGGAGCUCCAGGUGGAACUGUCUGGCUGAAAACAGCAAUGGUGGAUGUGACCCAUCCCCACCAUUAGUGAACUCCCCCUGCCUAUAUUAUUAUGGAUCAUGCGAUAUCAGUAUGGGAAAUGUAUGACAUGGUUUAAAAAAAAAUAAAAAAUCAAGAACUCAAUAAAAAACUUUAAAAAAGAAACAAAAAUGAAAACAAAACCAAUGUGGUC